UGUAUAGAAGAAUGCCAAAAGGGGGCUACAGCGACAAGGUGGUAUCAAAAAAUAAACUUUCACUCUAAGUAUAAUUUUUUCAAGUUAACUUUUUGUUUAAAUGUAUCUUUUUGUUCAAAAAAUUUUAACUUGACAGUCAUCUUCCACAACAACUCCAAAUUAUAUUCUAGUUAAUUUUACAUUCAUUUCUUUAUAAUAAAUUAACCAAAAUCUGUUGAAUUAAAUUCCCAAACUAAAUUCUAUAAUUGUGAGAAGAAAGAAUGGAUGUUGACCCCUCUGUAACGACAGCUAACAAGCUUGACAUGUCACUAGACGACCUUGGAAAGGUUAUGAAAAGUCGUAAGGUGAAAAAUGAAAAGAACUUCAAGGGAUUUUCACGCCGAAACAGGGCCUCCCAGCCAAGGUCUAGAAGGUCAUUUUUCCGCGGUAGCAGGAGGUUUAGUGACAGAAACGAGCCGUUCAGAAGACGAAGAAGAGAAACCAAAUACAUUGUUAGAGUGUCCAACCUCGACCACAGUGUUAUGAAGGAAGAUCUUAUGGAGUUGUUCAGCUCCGUUGGUGAUGUUGUCAAAGUUUGGGUCGAUUAUGAUAACACCGACAGGUCCAAGGGUACUGGAGGCUGUAUCUACAAGUUUACAGACGAUGCCAAAAAGGCCAUAUCAAAAUUUAACGGGACUGUAAUUGAGGGGAAAGCUGUUGAGAUGUACGGGGAAGUUUUCAAUAGGGGACGCCGUCCAUUCGCAUCAAGGGAACGCUUUGGCCUGAGAAAUAACAGAUUCUCUAGGCCAAGAGGGCAAAGGAGAAAUUUUAAAAAAACACCUUGGUAAUUUGUUAUCCCUCUUACUUUCUUUACUAAACCCAAUUGGCGCUUGAUCACCCCUACCUUAUU